UAGGGCCCGGCCCGGCCCGGCGGCCGGAGGCGGCAGGAUGGGGCGCGGCGGGAGAGGAGAGGCUGCUCCCAGCACUGCUGCCUAGCCCCGCGCCCACGUUCUCCGGCUCCUCAACCAUGGUGUCCGUCACGAUGGCGACAUCCGAAUGGAUUCAGUUUUUCAAAGAAGCUGGCAUCCCCCCGGGCCCCGCCGUCAACUAUGCUGUCAUGUUUGUGGAUAACAGGAUCCAGAAGAACAUGUUGAUGGAUCUGAACAAGGAGAUCAUGAAUGAGCUGGGCAUUACAGUGGUAGGAGACAUCAUCGCCAUUCUCAAACACGCCAAAAUCGUGUACAGGCAGGAGAUGUGCAAGGCGGCCACCGAAUUGCUCUGCCCCAGCUCCCCCAACAUUCAAGCCGAGCUGCGCCGCAAUGCCAACAGUGCUGCCAGCCGGAUGAUUGCCAACAGCCUGAGCAGAGACUCACCUCCCGCCACCCCACUUCGACAACGGCCCCACAGCUCCAAAAUCUCUGUCACCGUCUCCAACAAACUGGCCUCUGCGAAGGCAGGUCCAUGUGACGCGGCAGAUGAAAAUCCAAUGAUCCCAGUAAAACGCCGCCGGGUGACGGCAGAAAUGGAAGGGAAAUACAUCAUUAACAUGCCCAAGGGCACCACGCCGAGGACAAAGAAAAUCCUGGAGCAGCAAGCGGCCAAAGGUCUGCAGAGGACAUCUGUCUUUGACCGGCUGGGAGCCGAGGCAAAAGCGGACACAACCACAGGAGGCAAGCCCACAGGGGUCUUCAGCAGACUGGGUGACACCUUGGGGACCGAUGGGGACAAAGCCACUGAGAGUGACGAUGACUGCUCUGUUCUCCAGUACGCCGGCGUCCUAAAAAAACUCACCAAACCUCCCCGUAAGGAAAGCACUGAGCUGGGAGGCACCAUCAAGGCAAAAGCCACCAGUUCAGAAGCCAAACCGGUCACUGUCACUGCCGCCAUCCAGCAGCUUGGUCAUAGGAACGCCACCGGUAUCCGUAUGGCGGCAAAACCACAACCAGCGGCAUCCAAAAUUGGCAGCAUCAGUAUUGCCGCGAUGCCAGUUGAAGCCCAGGAUGGCAAUGUCACCAGCACAAAGGAUAAAAGCGAACCCGAAUUUCGGGUGACGAUCAAAAGGACCUGGGGGUGCGGGAAGGUGAGCAGCACCAGCGAGACCCCCGGUGCUCAGAUGGACAGCGCCGGCACUGUUAGCGUCUUUAAACGGCUGGGGAAGAAACCGGAUUGAUCCCACGAUGCUUCUUCCCGCACGGUUUUCUGCUUGUGUGCUUCCCUCCUGAUGGUCACGCGCUGUCCGCCAUCCCAUUUAUUCACCCUCAAGAACCGGCAGAGUCUCAUGCUGCCUUCCUCCUUGCUAAUCCCACGGGGAAGCAACGCUAAUCCCACAGGGAGACACUUAAUCCCAUGGGGAAAGGCUUAAUUCCAUAGGGAAAUACUAAUCCCACAGGAAAACAGGAGAGAAGAGGGGCAAAAGCCCUCCCUGCCAGAUUUCCUGUCUGCCGGGCAUCCCUGCCUGCCCUGGCCCACAAAGCCAGCGGGUACAAGGCCAAAUCGUUCUCCAUCUCCUACCAGCAUCAAAACCUCUUCCCCGCUGCCCCCACCCCCCAUUUUUCCCUUCUCUGCAGGUUCUUUCCUGUAUUUAGGAGUUCGGACCUGGAGAACUCCAUAGAGAGGGGGUUUUUUUCCCUAUUUUUUCUGUUUUUUUCCUCUGGAGGGGUUUUCCCCCUAUAUUUAGGAACUUGCACCAAAGUGACUCCAUAAAUAAUCAUUACAGAGUGGCAGCUUGCUGCGGGGAUCCUUAAUUUUUAAGGAUUUCAGAGCAGCCUCCAAAAAAAAAGCCCGGAAAACAAAAGCUUAAAAAAAACUCCUUGGGGGCUCAAAAAAUCCCCAAAUUGCCUUGUUUUAAGCGACGCCUUCAAUGUGCUGCUCGCAGUUUUCAGCUCAAGCUCAUCCCAGUGUGAAACCUAAAAUGGACACCGUGAGGGUUUACAGAAAUUAUUUAUUUCUCCCCAAAUUUGUUUCCCCCAAAAUUUA